UAGAGUAAUAAAAAAAAGGAGAGAGAGGGAAUGAGAGAAGCGUUGGUGUGAGUUGGAGAGAGAGAGGAAGGAGAAGAUGAUGGCAACAACGGUGCCUGUGGGUUGGAGAGGAGGCAGCGUUAGGUAUAGGAUUGAGGGAGCGGAGUUGAAGAGAGAGAGAAUGGUAGUGAAAGCGUUGGGCAAAGGCAGAGACAUGGAUAGGGUUUGGAGAGAGGCGUGGAGAAGUGCCAACGAUGGCUUUGAGCGCUUCCUCUUCGAAGCCAAGAAGACUGCCGAGCGCAUCGACCGCCGCUAUUCCCUUUCCAACCGCCUCUCCUCCAUCGCCAGGGCCGCCGCCGAUCGAGCCCGCGAGAUUGACCGUGACUUGGAGAUUGGACAGCGAUACCGCACUUUCUCCAUCGAUUUCCAGAGAAACUGGCCCAAGUACAGGAAGCAGCUGGGCAGCUUUCUCGAUAGUCCCCUGGGGAAGAGCUUUGCUACAUUUUUCUUCAUCUGGUUCGCUCUCUCUGGUUGGCUUUUCCGCUUUCUCAUAAUUGCAACCUGGGUACUUCCAUUCGCUGGACCUCUUCUCAUUGGGACAUUGGCCAACACCUUAGUUAUCAAGGGCACUUGUCCCGCUUGCAGGAUGCAAUUUGCCGGUUACAAGAACCAAGUAAUUCGAUGUACAGGCUGUGGCAACAUCGUCUGGCAACCUAAAGGGAAAGGGGAUUUCUUCUCAGGAGGUGGCAGAACCAACUCCUCAUCUAGGUCAGACCCCGACAUCAUCGAUGUCGACUUUGAGGAGAAGUGACCCAUUUUGUUAUGCAAUCCUUUCUUUAUAAUUCUACUUUCUUCUUACAUUGUACACUUAGUUCGCUUCUUUGCUCUUGUAAAACUCUCCGUAUUUUCAUACCACCAAACAAAAGGAAACACAAUAUUCACAUUUCUCUACAA